UGUUAUCAAGACAACACGGCACAGCCUCCGCGUCAUUAGAACAGGUCACAAAUUCUGCAGAACCAGCAGUUUCGUUAAAGCUACAACUUCCUUAAGGCACAUAUUCAUUUCGUGAUCCUUGAGGGUGUUGCGAAACACCGACUGUCCAUUUCUCCAUGUUGCGAAACACCCCCUGUUACGGCCAAUCAGGGUAGAGCGGCAUAGCACGCUGCGCCUUUUUGUAGUAGCUGGAUGCAAAAUCGCCACAGGCGGAAGUGCCCGAGAUGAGCGCUCAUGCAAAAAUCUUCUCGCUCUGGCUUUGACGCCAGAGCCCAUUUAAGUUGUUCUGCAUAGAUUUUAGGAUUGUCCUGGGCUUUAUUGUGCCAAAAUGGACCUAUUACACAAAAUGUCAUAAAUGAAGAAGCUCCUGCGCGUCGUAGCGGGCGGGAAAGAUGACUCUAAAGAGAGCCCAAAGCAUGACAACGCGCCUGAGAAUGGCGCGCUAUCUAAAGGACUCAAGCACGUAUUCACGUCCUUCAGGAGCUCUGCACCAACGACACCGCGGGCCGACGCCCAUGUAUACAGCAACGGGGGAGUGCUCAACGCGGAGCCGGGACCAGCGGUUCAGGAGGAGCGUCCGUUGGGAGCUCGCAUGCCGGGACCAUUACCCUCAGCCGAGGCAGACCUGCGGCAGGAAGAGCAAGCAGCAGCCUCUUUAAAACCACUGGCAUCAGACACGGAGGCGCCGCUGCGGUACCCGAGCUGGGACCAGUACCUCAGUCCCCACGGGCGGACUCUGGCGUUUAUGACCGAUGGGGAUGAAGGUGGGGCCGACGAGCACGAAGGCACGGGUGCGCAUGGUUACCCAGGCACCUACCAGCAGCACGCGACCUACUACUCCCACACGGCACCGGGCAACGGCGGCGCCACAGCACCAGGGCCAGGCGAGGCCGUGGGCCCUGACGGUGAGGGUGCGCAGGGCGCGUUCGACUAUGCGCCAGGCCCGUAUGACGACAGCGCGGCCGGCGGGCACUACAACGCAAGCAGCGCCGACGCAGGGCAGCAACCAUACUACGGCGAUGGGUUCGCCUACAGCCGAGGCGGCUACGGCCAGGGCCUCUACGGCCAAGGCGGCUAUGGCCAGGGCUUCUACGGCGGCGCCCUUGAUGGCAGCGUGGGCGCCUGCAUCAUCGACACGCACGGCUCUGUGGGCUUCUCCGAGGGGAGCUACCCCUACGGUGGCGGCCGCGCAGGCGGCGGCGGGCCGGAGCCCGGCUUCUCCAGUGACGCCGGAGUUGUGGGGCGGCACGGCGACGGCGGAGGGCACCUGCUGCCUCCGGACCCAGACAACGAAGACCUCAUGGCCAUUUACGAGGCCGCAGGCGGCGGCGCAGGUGGAGCGGGGCUGGCCGGCCUGGCGAGCCUAGGGCUGGGCGGUCGCAGCGGCGGCGGUGGUCCGGGCGGCACGGGCGGGCGGUCGCAGUUCUCGUACGGCUCCACUAGCACGCCAUCUGCGGGCGGCGCUGGCGGCGGCGGCGUGCUGAGCCCCUCGCAUGCGGCGCUGCUGGCGAACGGGCUGGCGCGGCAGCCGGGCGUCAAUCUGGACAUCAACUAUGAGGUUGAGAUCCAGCUGAGCGACUCGGCGCCCAUCGGCCAGGGCCAGUUCGGCAGUGUGUUCCGGGGGGAGUACAAGGGACACCCGGUGGCCAUCAAGAUGCUGCCCAAGAUGUUCCUGGGUGAUGCCAGCCUGGCCGACCUGGAGACCUUCAUCCAGGAGGCGGCGGUUCUCAGCGGAGUGGACCACCAGAACGUGGUCAAGUUCUACGGCGGCUGCCUGCAGCCGCCUUACGUGUUCAUCGUUGAAGAGCUGAUGGACCGCAGCCUGGCGGACGUGCUGUAUAAGGAGCCCGCGGAGCCGUUCCCGCUGCGGCGUGUGCUGGCAGUGGCGCUGGACAUUGCGCGCGGUCUGCACUACCUGCACCGCUGCAACCCAGCCAUCGUGCACCGCGACCUGAAGCCAGAGAACAUUUUGUUGGACGCAUCCGGCACCGCUAAGAUCAGCGACUUUGGACUGGCCAGGUGCAAGUACCAGUCGUACCUCAAGACCAACCGCCGUGAGGCAGGCAGCCUGGCCUACAUGGCGCCCGAGUGCUUUGACGCGCGUGUGGGCAAGCUGACGGACAGGCUGGACGUGUUCUCCUUCGGGGUGCUGCUGUGGGUCAUGAUCACACGGGCUUUCCCCUGGCAGGGCAUGCGCACGCACGAGUUCCUGCAGCGCAUGGUCAUUGGCGGCGGCCGGCUGGCGGUGCCGCAGGAUGACAACGUGUGUCCGCUGGCUCUGCGGCGCAUCAUGAGCGCCUGCUGGGCGGACGCGCCUAGCGAGCGGCCCAGCUGCGAGGAAAUCAUUGGCGAUUUGGAGCGCAUGCUAAAAUACAUGCCAGCGGAGGACGCGUGCGCCGUGAGCCACGGCAGCGGCAGUAACGACGCGCCGCUCACCAGCAGCAAAAGUGUCUUGCCGGCUGCUGGCGCCCAAGAGGACGGUGGCGCCGCGUCACCGCAGUGAAGCAGGCGUGCAGCAGACCCUUUGAGCGCAGUGUCAGUGGUCAGCUGCUGCAAGGAGCCCGUGUUCUGUGCUCCACACAAGGUGCAUUGUAUACCGUGAUAGCGUAAUUUCCUAUGCAACGACCUUCGCCAUUCGCCUGUCAUUUCUUUCCUGUCCUGGCAGACCCGCGGAUAUGAAGCCGUGCGGUGUUUGCUGAGCGCGGUGGCAUGUGUUGUGUUCAUACCUGUGGUGCGUAUGCGUGUCGGCAGCCACAGGAGAGGCCAGGCAAUUGGUGCACGGAGGUGACUGGAAGCGUGCAUUGCAAUGAAAGGGGCAUUCAAUGGAAACUUUGAGCACUACAGUCUGUUUCAUUAUGUUGACAAGCUAGAAGGGUGACGCUGGAACCUUGGAUCUAUCGCUGCACGGUGGUGUUUGCCUCGGUUUACAGAGUGCCUGCAGAGCAGGGGAGCGGCAUUCAUGAUGAACUACUCGACCACACGUCCGGUUGCUGUUGCGUACAGGGCGUCCACUGAAUCAUUUUGCCAAACGGGAUACCCUGUGUACUGGUUGCUGGCCGCGCCUGUGUGGAGUAAGGACGUUUCAGGGAAUGCAUGCAUCAUGCCACGUGACGAGGUAUCACAUUUUGAGGAAACCGUCGAACAGCACUGAAUUAGCUGCUUCAUUGUCUUGGCAGGGCGCCAUGCAAAGGACUCCACGCUGUCAACCGCGUGUCAAACAGAUGCCUGUCUUAGCGCUAGCCCUCUUACGCCGUCCUGAGUGGUCGUCUGUCCUAGGCGCAAGCUCAGCACAUUGUUCGCGUGUGGGGACGCCGCGUUGGCAAGAGCCACGGAUGGCCUACCAUGAGGACAUGUCAAACCCGUGAAGGGCACUGUAAACAUGUGAAGUC